AUCGUGAGAACUUUGAGCCAGCUCAUUCACAACACGCGGCUUAGUUUGGAAUUCGCGUGUGUCGAGAGAGUUUGUGACGGUGCGUUGACCACUUAUGUAGACUGGCUUAUGACCUGUGGAAAGACCUUUACUGACAUAACAUUAUCAUAGCGUAAUAUUUUCCCGAUAUACUGUAAAUGGAAUAGUGGAGUAUCGAUAAGAUGCUGAAGUACGUGCAAGUAUCGCCGUACCGGAGUUCCUCGGCCCUG